GGUUCCACACACGAUAGGAGGCACGAGCAGAGUGGGCGGUCCCUGGAGGCACGCGCAGACAGCAGGGAGUCACCGGCCAGAGAGGAGACCGUUAUUCAGCCGCAGGAGCAGCACACUGACACGAGCAGCAGAGCGUGCGGCACAGGCAUAGAAAGGCAGAGCUCAGCACACAUCAGGGCGUAGCAUUCCCCUCCGCCACCGUCUCCACAGACCACUGCCCGCCGCCGAAUUCACUCACCCACCCCUCCCCACUCGCUGCGCUGCAAGAUGGUGGACCGCGAGCAGCUGGUGCAGAAAGCCCGACUGGCCGAACAAGCCGAGAGAUACGACGACAUGGCCGCUGCUAUGAAAGCAGUGACGGAGCUGAAUGACCCUCUCUCAAAUGAGGAAAGGAACCUGUUGUCUGUUGCAUACAAGAAUGUUGUUGGAGCCCGUCGCUCUUCAUGGAGAGUCAUAAGCAGUAUUGAGCAGAAAACCUCUGCUGAUGGCAAUGAAAAGAAAAUAGAAAUGGUACGUGCCUAUCGUGAGAAAAUUGAAAAAGAAUUGGAAACAGUAUGUCAAGAUGUGUUGAGUCUCUUAGAUAAUUUUCUUAUCAAAAAUUGUAGUGAAACACAGCAUGAAAGCAAAGUGUUUUACUUGAAAAUGAAAGGUGAUUAUUAUCGAUACUUGGCAGAGGUCGCCACUGGUGAAAAAAGAGCAGCAGUGGUUGAAUCUUCAGAGAAGGCUUACAGCGAGGCUCAUGAGAUCAGCAAGGAGCACAUGCAGCCUACUCAUCCUAUACGGCUGGGCUUGGCACUCAACUAUUCUGUGUUCUACUAUGAGAUUCAAAAUGCCCCUGAACAGGCUUGCCAUCUGGCCAAGACAGCCUUUGACGAUGCUAUUGCAGAGCUGGAUACCCUGAAUGAGGACUCCUACAAGGACUCUACACUUAUCAUGCAACUCCUACGCGACAACCUAACACUCUGGACAAGUGAUCAGCAAGACGAUGAUGGUGGCGAAGGAAAUAAUUAAAACCUCCUGAUGGACUGGCAGCCGCACGCUGAUGCUACUACCGCAGUCUUUAUUUUUUUUCCCACAAGUGGGGGGUUGAGGGUGGGGGAGGGCAAGGAAGGGACAACCUCCCCAGGGAAGACCCUACCACCUGUCUUUGAUUGCCUCUUCGACAUUUUGCCAAAACACCACGAGUGGAAAGUUAGACUGCCUGUGCUAGUAUGGAAUGGCAGCCUAACACUGGCACAUGGACUGUUCUGUAGUUAAUAAAAGUGGAGCUGUUUUUAAUUUUAAGUUAUCGCUAGACAUAUUUAGAAAGAGAUUUAAGAAUAGGAAUAACUUGAAUGGAAUGCCUUUUAAUAGUUUUGUGGUUCCAGUAAGUUAUUUUAUAUUUAUAUUUUUAGCUGUAUGCACGUCUUGCCCUUCAUGCUUUAUUCAUAUUUAUUUAGUGUGUAUUGUGUACUUUGUGCACUGCACCUAUCAAGACAUAAAUUACAGAGUUUUACAGCCACAAUUAAAAUUAUAUCCCUACAAACUUAAUCUUUACUCUGUCAGCAAUAGAAUAAUUUAACCUUACGCAAAUCGGCUUUCAGUGAGAUUGCUUCUUUCAAUUAAAUUUGCCAUUUUAAAUAUUUGGUGACUUUGGGUAUAGAUUUGGGAACUUGUGGGCCCACAGUAAAUUCAGAUGGAAUUUAAAUCUCUUCUCUAGCGAGACUCAUGCAAUCUAGAUGUUCUUAUAGAUAUAAAACAGUAUCGUUUUCAUAGUGGUGGUUUAUAUGUCCCGCUAAUUUAUUCUUGCUCAACCAUAGCUUGGUUGAGGGCUGCCCCUUCUCAACCUUUGAGGAAUCUAAAAUUGCAUUAGAAU